AUGGCGAUCAGUAAGAUACAUCUAGUUUGGUUACUAUGUGUGGCCUUAGCGUUUGGUGUCGCAGCAGCUGCCGUCCCCGCUCAUGGUUCAGGUUCAGGCAGCGUGCGCUGCCACUACGAUUUCUUCAUAAGGGAGGCCAACUACACCCGGCUCUGCAGCGAGAAGACCAUCCUGACCGUGAACGGCGAGUUCCCGGGCCCGACCAUCUUCGCGCGCAAGGGCGACGUCGUCCUCGUCAACGUCCACAACCAAGGCGACCAAAACGUCACCAUCCACUGGCACGGCGUGGACCAGCCGCGGAACCCAUGGUCGGACGGCCCGGCCUACAUAACGCAGUGCCCCAUCCAGCCCGGCAACACCUUCACCUACCGGAUCAUCUUCUCCGAGGAGGAGGGCACGCUGUGGUGGCACGCGCACAGCGACUUCGACCGCGCCACCGUGCACGGUGCCAUCGUCAUCCAUCCCAGGCGCGGCGCCGCCUACCCCUUCCCGAAGCCGCACCGAGAGGUGCCCAUCAUCCUCGGGGAGUGGUGGAACCGCGACGUCGGGCAAAUGCUCGCCGAAGCCCUCAGCAGCGGUGGCGACUUCCAGCCGUCAGACGCCAACACCAUCAACGGCCAGCCCGGUGACCUGUUCCCAUGCUCCAGUGACACUACCUUCAAGCUCCCCGUCGAGCACGGCAAGACCUACAUGCUCCGCAUCAUCAACGCGGCGCUCACCAACGAGUUCUUCUUCGCCAUCGCCGGGCACCGCCUCACGGUGGUGGGCACCGAUGCCGCCUACACCAAGCAGUUCACAGUCGACCACGUCUUCAUCGGGCCGGGCCAGACCAAGACCGUGUUGCUCAACGCCGACCGUGGCCGCUCAAACCACACGAGGUACUACAUGGCGGCAAGGCCGUACGCGACCAACCCGCUCGCCCGCUUCGACAACAGCACGACCACCGCCGUCCUGGAGUACAUCGACGCGCCGCAGGCCACGGCGAUGUCGGACAUCCCCGCCCUGCCGGCCAUCAACGACAGCGCGGCGGCGGAGGCCUACUCGGUGCAGCUCAAGUCCCUCGCCAGCGAGGAGCACCCGGUGGACGUGCCCCGGCUCGUCGACGAGCACAUGCUCAUCACCAUCGCGGUCAAUGAGAUCCCCUGCACGCCCGGCGAGCUGUGCAAGGGCCCCCGCAACAACAGCCUCGCGGCGAGCCUCAACAACGUCAGCUUCGAGAUGCCCAGCACGGCCAUCCUUGGCGCCUACUACACCUCGGUGCUACUGGGCGUCGCCAAGACAAACUUUCCCGACAACCCGGCGGUGGCUUUUAACUACACCACCGACGACCUCCCUCUAGACCUCAGGUUCACGGCGCGCGACACAAGGGUGAAGGUGCUGGAGUACGGCACCGUGGUGGAGGUGGUUUUCCAGGACACGUCCAUCCUCGGUAGCGAGAGCCACCCCAUGCACCUUCACGGGUACAGCUUCUACGUGGUAGGGAGAGGGGCUGGUAACUUUGACAGGCACAAGGACCCGGCGACGUACAACCUCGAUGACCCGCCGUACCAGAACACGGUCUCCGUGCCCAAGGCUGGCUGGGCCGCAAUCCGCUUCCGGGCGGCGAAUCCAGGUGUAUGGUUCAUGCAUUGCCAUUUCGAGCGACACAUGGUCUGGGGGAUGGAGACCGUGUUUAUUGUGAAGAACGGCAAGGCGGAAGAAGCUAAGAUCAUGCCACCACCUCCAAAUAUGCCAAAGUGCUGAUGAAGUCCAUUAUCUCCUAUAGAACGAGACAAGAAGUCAAAAGGCCACCACUGAAGAAAUAGUUUACCUAAUACCUUUAUUCAAAUUAACUAGUAACAGUUUUCAACCAAAGACGCUUAAUUAGAGAAAAUGAGGUGAAUCACCCUUAGAUAUUUGGCCAUUAGUUGGAGUGAGUGUUAAUUCCCACCCACUUUGGUUUGACCGAACAAUCGACACGACCGCCUGUGUUGUGUCAUGUGUGCGUGCGUGCGUGCGUGCGUGCGUGCGUGUGUGUGAACACAUCCA